UUUCACUCAGGUCUUAGAAACCCUAUUACGACUCCAAAUUUGAGAAACCUGCCAAGACACCUGUGUUAGUCCCUUGAAGAGAAAUUUUUUUAAGGUGUGUAGAAGUGUUUUUGAAGAGAGGUGCUUUUGACCCGUCUCUCUAAAAUAGAAAGGUUCAUAAAGGGUUAACAAGCUGAAAGAGGAAAAAGGAAGUUCCCUUCUGAUCACUGUGCUCCCAGGCUGACAGUGAGAUAGUGAAGUUUCCUGUUGAAAGAGUAGAGAAGUGCAGUCAGGCAUACUAUUCAAACAAGCCAGACACAGAAGUCUGGAGUAGAGGAUUCACUAAGAGUUUUAGUAAAGCUGCAAGAUAAAAAGCUUCACACUUUCAGUUUUGCCUUCAUCUGUAACAAAGCUUUCAUAUAGAGAGGCUAAACUAUCUUCCCUUUUUCUCUGAGGAAAAUCUGCUUCCUGCACAUGGAAGAAAACUGCUAGUCACCACAACUGGCAAUAUCAAAUACUAGUCAGUCAUAUACUAACCUGAGUGCGAUCAUGGCCCUAGUCCGGCUGUUCUACUCCCUCGCUGUGCUGCUCAAAUUGGCUCUGUCUGUGGACCAUGUACCUAUGCUGCUCUGGUCAACUCACAGCUCACUGUGGAACUCUGAAGCUGCUUUACAUGAGGGACACAUUAUCUCAAAGCAGGAGCUGCAUAUGCUGUUGCAACCUGUGUUUACCCAGGAUUCCAAGACCCUUGUCUUGUUCCUUCAAGAUACGCUUAGCAUCGAUGACUUCACGCAUUACAGUGAAUCUUAUGAAAAUGAGAAGCCAUUUCACAAUGUUCAGGAACUCCUUGAGUCUUCGUCAUCCUCUUUAGUUUUAUCGGCUGUUGAUUGUCAGGCUACCAGUUACCUUUUGGAUUAUCUUCAAGAAUCAAUGGAUUGGAAGCUAACAGACAUAGAUGAGUUUGAAGUAUCUAAGCUGGAAGUAGACACAUCCAAGCCCAACAUAUUUGUGAUAAGGCUACAGCCAAUCAACAGAUUAAAUGAUAUUUCUACUGCAAAGGCUUUCGCUGCAAAUGACAUAAUAAUUGGAAGACUGACUAGGAGUCUGCAAGAACAAGGAAUUCAGUUUUCAGUAAUUUAUACUGCAAUGAGACCUUCAAGGAUUCCCAGAAGACCCAAUGUAGUGUUGGAAUCAAGACGGCGACUCAUGGCCACUGAAGCCCAAGUGACAGAUGCAUACUAUCCACUGAAUGUGACCAAUGGAACCAGCACAUGCAUCCUUUUUUAUGCCAGUAAUUUCAGCCUCACAGCCAACAAAACAGUUCAUGCGGAUUUGACAAAUUUAACAUUUGUGUCCCGUAAGGUGGACUUCAGUUCAUCUGUUUGUUCAGACGCCAAUGCAACGUUGUCAUUGAACUAUACUGGGUUAGUGGAUGGAAUCAACAACCUAAAAAUAAGAUUUCUAAUGACCCAGAAGUUCUAUAAAGGCUCUGCUCGAAAAUGGUUUACUUUAGAUUCUGUCGAGAUUGCACAUGACAACCAAAUUGUCGCUAGAUUUAAUGUCUCCAUCAUCUCUGCUCCUGCUGAGUAUUCAUUUCAUUGUCAGCUGGUGGGAACCAGCAGUCUCUAUGGUGCAAAGCUGAUUCCAGCCAACACUGAAGCAAAGAACUGGGAUGUUUACCUUUCAGAGUUCCAAAUUCAAGGCUUCAAUAUUCAUAAUAACAUGUUUUCCUAUGCAAGCGACUGUACAUCUUUCUUCUCUCCUGGAAUCUGGAUGGGCUUGGUAACGUCAAUAGUUUUAUUAUGGAUCCUGACCUAUGGAAUCCACAUGAUCAUGCAGCUCACAACAAACAGUAGAUUUGAUGAUCCAAAAGGCCAAGCUCUGUCAGUUCCUCAAACAGAGUAGCAAUGGAUUGUUUUGAUAUUGCUUAAAUGUUUCUUAUUAGUAAGAUUAAGUUUUUGUCACGGUUAUUUUUAGUAAAAGUCAGGGACAGGUCACAGGCAAUAUAUAAACGUUCACAGAAGCACACAAUCUGUCUGUGACUUUUACCAAAAAUAAAGAGCGGGGACUGACUGCCAGGGGAAUGGACAGCCUGAGCCCACUAUCAGAGGAGGAGGGGGGCUGAAGCUGAAGAAGCCACAGAGAUUUGUUAAAAUCAUGGAAUCCGUGACCUCCAUGACUAAAUUAUAUCCUUACUUAUUAGUGAUGUGUGAUUUUUAUGUUCUUUAUGCUUUACAGUGAAUGUACUCUAAGCAGUUACUGUAAUAGAAAGGUUUAGUAAAACUCCACAAAUCUGGACAAUGAAAUCCUUCCUGAAAAAGGGAACCUUACUCUUGGCAACACUGAUGAUUCUACCAGCUGUUACCCAUUUGUUCAUAGCUGUCUGAGUUAGUCUACACUGCAAUUAAAAAGCCACUGGCAUCGAGUCUCAGAGCCCAGGUCAGCUGACUCAGGCUUGUGGGGCUCAGGCUGAGGGGCUAAAAGUUGCAGUGUAGAUGAUUGGGUAGAUGAUCGGGCUUGGGUAGGAUCCCAGGCUUUGAGGUUCCACAAGGCGGGAGGGUCUUAGCCCAAGCCCCAAUGUCUACACUGCAGUUUUAUAGCCUUGUAGUCCAAGAUCUGUGAGCCCGAGGCAGCUAACCCAGGCCAGCCACGGGUCUUUUAUCCCACUGUACAUGUACCCUUAAAGGCAUAAGGUGAAGUCAACGGCAGUCUGGACUCUAACCAGCCAUUAGAAAGAAAAGUAAGAACUUCCAGCAGAUUCAUUAUUCUUGGGAAGAAGAGAAGGAGGGGUGCUUAUUUUUUUUUAAAAAAGACAUUCCCCUGGUAUUUUGGAGAUAAUCUUCGAAAACAAAAUGUUUAUUGAGAAAUUGUUUAUUGAAACUUCUCAAGUCUCCUUUUAAGUUUUUUCCCCAAAGUAUAAAGAAUAUCACAAAAAAAGAUAUUAAUUACACAAGAGGCAAAAAGGUAAAGUUUUUUAUGACAACUGGCAUAUGUGUUUUAUUUUGGCAGUGUGAGUAACAGCAGAGAAAGUGGUAGAGAUACAUAAAUGAAGUGGAAGCAUGUUUUGAAAAGGUUUACUUUUUAAAAAAAAGACAACAUUAUUCAGACUACUCUUCAGAAAUGGCAGGAGCUUUGCAAAAAUGCGACUUCUAAAUUAUUGCUAGAAACUAAAGUUAAAUGGGAAUGAAAUAUUUAAAAAUGAAUAUUGGAAACAGAGAUUAAGAUAAUGUUAUCCUGUCAUGACAAAAAACAUAUUUUGGAUAUAUUUGAAGAAAAAAAUAAGCCUAGCAUUUGUAAAAGCCAAGGAGAGUUUGGUGCCUGACUCCCAUUUCAAUUUUAAUGGGAUUUUGCUGCUAACUCCCUUAAACACCUUUGAAAAUUCCAGCCUUAAAAGAGACUUGAAAAGGAUUUGUUGAAAACUGAAAACUUAUUUGUAGGGUUCCAAAAGGGGAAUCUUUCUUGCUGUUGUUCAGAAAUAUAUUAAGCCAUUUAUUGUAGAAAAAUACAAAGAUGUGGAAAAAAAUCAA